UAAUGUUGCAGUCACGACAGCUGUGGUCAUAGUUUAACACAUGAGUCCUUCAACGUCCUCGAUGGCGCUUGACAAUGUUACCAAGACCAUGGCCCAGGCGUCUGCAGUCGAUGCUCGAGGCAGCAAUUUUAACGAUGUUCAUGACAAUGGCUAUCAACUUAAUAGUGAGAAUCACGGCCCUCAAACAAUCAACACAACAAUCAACCAGUAUACUCAAGGCAAUGCAAAAGAACGCCAGGAAUUUGCAGAUUGGCUUUCUCCUCUGAGUUUUCGUCAAACGCGGGGUGACAUUUACGGACACAGGCGGGAGGGGACAGGAAAAUGGGUGCUUGAUGACAAAAAUUUCAAGGAUUGGCAAAGUGGAACUGUGAAGACACUAUGGUGUCCCGGGAUUCCUGGUGCUGGGAAGACCAUUCUUGCGUCAUAUAUCAUCAAUCAUCUCGAGCAAAAGAAAGCCGAUGAUGUCGCUGUGGCCUAUGUUUAUUGCAGCUAUAUGGAACAAUCAACGCAAACGGUCUAUAACCUUAUCGCAAGCCUUUUGAAACAGCUCGUUCAAGAUUCUCUUCCAACCUUUGACCGCGUCAAAAACAAAUAGUCGCUGCUAGAAAAAGAGGACCUGGAUGUUAAUUCGAAGGAGCGGAGUGACUCUGACUGGACACCACUCUUCUAUGCAGUCUUCCAUAACCAUGUGGAAGUCGUCGAGUUGCUGAUGGAAAGAGUUAACAGGAGGAACCAGGAUAAUUUGAAACGGUUGUUACACGCAGGCGCAGGGCCUGUGGAAAUGGUCAAAUUAUUGUCGGCAAGAAAGGACUACGUUCUACACGUGUUUGAUCUUGACGUCUGCCUGCAAAUGACAUCCUCGCUACAGCGUCCUCAUCGUAGCGAAUUGACACGAUUGCUUGUUGUGCGGGUACCAGGACGCGUCGAAGUUAACCAGACAGACCAGUGUGGUUUUACGCUCCUAUGGUUGGAGACUUACCAGGGUGGUCAAAAGAUAAUGGAAUAUGAAGUCGCCUACGACUCGGACGGAACCGACGUCAACAUGACCCCAGUGAGGUUGGUUUAGUAUACCGCCACUGUGGGUCGCCGCGAACGAUAUCAUAGACAAAGUGAAUGAGAUUUUGGCUACCGAUUCCUCCAUUGAACAAGGGCAUAGCGUGGGCGAUGAUGACAUUGCCAGACAGUGCAAUAUAUAUGAAAGCAGCAAAGAUUACCGCCUAGAAUUAGGGAAGGAAGUAAUCUUGAGGUUGCUGCUUGCAAGAUGCAACGUUGAUGUGAACUGGAGAAACGACCACGGGGAAACACUUCUAUCCAGGGCGGCGAAAAACGGAAGCACAUCUUUCGUGAAAGAGCUGCUUUCCAUAGAUGGCAUCGACGUCAACUUGCAAGAUAAAAAUGGCGACUCGCCCCUGCACCUUGCAAUUCGUUCCAAGAGAGUGGAGAUAACAUCUUUACUUGUUGCUCGGGAUGAUGUCUUGCUCGACUCGAAAAAUGCGGUUGGGAAGACGCCGUUACACUGUGGUGUUCAGGUUAUCCCGCGCGACAAUAAUGAACAGAUGCUUCCGGAUAGUGCGGACUCAGGUACACGAGAAGCAAUAGUAAAGCUGCUCCUUUCCCGGAGCAACAUUCAUAUAAACUUGGAGGACGAUGAUGGCCUCACGCCACUGAUGCUUGCAU